CUGAGGCGCGCGCGCGGAGGCAAGAUGGGGCCCCUCGGCCCAGUCACAAUGAACAGCACUGCUUCCGAGACCCAUGGGCACGCCCACAGUGCUGCCUCGCCUUUGGAUCGGGUGUUCCCGGUGCCCCUGCCCAGGAAGGCCCCCCUCAGUACUCCUGGCACCCCGGUCCUGGAGGGCUUUCUGCAGAAUGACGACGAGAAGGAGCGCAUGCUGCGGCGGCGCUCCAGGGUCAUCGACCUGCAGUUCAGCGCCGACUCGCCGUGCGGGCUCGCCUCCCCGUGCAGCAGGAGUAUUGAUAUUUCAGCUACGAUUCCUAAAUUUACAAACACACAGAUUACAGAGCAUUACUCCACCUGCAUCAAACUGUCCACCGAGAAUAAAAUCACUACCAAGAAUGCUUUUGGCUUGCACUUGAUUGAUUUUAUGUCCGAGAUUCUUAAACAGAAAGACACCGAACCAACCAACUUUAAAGUGGCUGCUGGCACCCUGGACGCCAGUACCAAGAUCUAUGCUGUGCGUGUGGACGCGGUGCACGCUGACGUGUACAGGGUCCUGGGGGGGCUGGGCAAAGAUGCUCCGUCCCCGGAAGAGGCCGAGUGCCAGGGUGCAGAUGCAAGUGCUGCCGUAAUGGGAACAACGAAAAAGGCUCCAAGGCCAAAGAAGAAGCACUCAUACAAAACCAUCGAGCAGAACAUAAGCAACCUCAAUCUCUCCGAAGCGGAUCGGAAGUGUGAGGUGGACCCCAUGUUUCAGAAGACAGCAGCUUCGUUUGAUGAGUGUAGCACAGCUGGGGUGUUUCUCUCUACACUCCACUGCUAUGACUACAGAAGUGAGCUGCUUUUCCCUUCCGACGCCCAGGCUCUCUCCACCAAGGAACCUCUUGAGUUGCCAGAUUUAGGUUGGGUAGAAAUGACAGAUUUAAAAGCCUCCUUGCAGCAGUGCGUGGAAGAUCGCCAGAUCUGCCCGUCCCUGGCAGGCUUCCAGUUUACUAAGUGGGACAGAGAAACACAUGAUGAGUCAGUGUCAGCCCUGGUGGACAAGUUUAAGAAGAAUGAUCAGGUGUUUGACUUCGACGCCGAGGUGGAGGAGAGUGACAGCGGAGACUUCCCUGAUGGGCCCCUGGAGGACGACUUUGAUGCCAAUGAUGAGCCGGACCUCUCUGCGGCUGGGGAUCCUGAGUCCAGGAGCUGGAAGGAGCCGUGCCAGGUCCUGAGCUGCCAGGAAGAUGUGAUUCCUCUUGGGGAUGGAGACGUUAGGACCAUGUGCCCCCUUCUGUCCUCAAGACCUGGAGAAUAUUCCUAUUUCAGCCCCCGCACCAUGUCAAUGUGGGCCGGCCCGGAUCACUGGCGCUUUAGACCCAAACACAAACAGGAUGCUACCUCACAGCUAGAGAACAAAAAGAAGAGCAUAAAGAAAGAUUUUGAAAUUGACUUUGAAGAUGAUAUUGACUUUGAUGUGUACUUCCGAAAAACAAAGGCCACUACUGUUCUGGCCAAGUCCACUCUGGAGAACCAGAAUUGGAAAGGCACCACGCUUCCCACAGACUUCCACUACGAGGUUGACAAUCUCAUCCAGCUGCAUCUCAAACCAGGCACCAGGUUCCUUAAGACAGCCCAGGGCCAGCGGGCAGAAACGGAGCAUUACGAAGAAAUAGAAGACUAUGAUUAUAACAACCCUAAUGACACCUCCAACUUCUGCCCUAGGUUACAGGACGCUGGCAGCGACUGUGAAGACACGGGGGACUUAUUUGUGGGAUCGUCUGGGGCCUUUGACCUCUCCCCUUACCCUUGUAAGACAACACAAGAGAAUGGUGACAUCGCUAAAACCCAAGAACUAGACAUCACGACUUACGGGGAGUCAAAUCUGGUGGCUGAGCCUCAGAAGGUAAAUAAAAUUGAAAUUCAUUAUGCCAAGACUGCCAAAAAGAUGGACAUGAAGAAGUUGAAGCAGAGCAUGUGGAAUCUGCUGACAGCGAGCCCCAAGAAGCAGGUGGAGGCAGAGGCAAAUCACAGUGAGGCGGAGAAGGAAGGGGAUCCGGUGGAGGUGGCCGGCCAGAAGCUGCUCAGUGGGCUCACCAAGGACCUGCAGACGAGCCUGCCGCCCCUCAUGGCUCAGAACCUGUCUAUACCUCUGGCCUUUGCCUGUCUCCUCCAUCUCGCCAAUGAGAAGAAUCUAAAGCUGGAAGGAACCGAGGAUCUUUCUGAUGUUCUUGUGAGACAGGGGGAUUGAGUCCCCUGCAGAGAAGACAGCGGCAGGAGGCUCAUCGGUUGUAAUGACCAGGCCAUCUCCUCUCGGGGUGGAGGAAGAUGCUUUGGGCUUCCGGCAGGCUUUGCCAACCACUAAAGUGCCUGUUUGUCACCUGCUUUUCCUUCUCUCUGUCAGUGUCUUGCAGCCAGCAUCCUAAAUUGCUGUCCUUGGUGAAUCCAAGUUUUCUGCCCUAGUGUGACCACCUAGGAAGGAGGUGGUCCGCGGGGAGAGGGCAAGGACAUGGUUCUUGGUUAUGAAAACCUAGGCCCGUUCUGUGUAUCCAUGUAUAAUUUUAGUCUCCUAAUUUGAUCUGUUAUGUUCCACCUGUUACUCUUAUAGUAGACAAUUUUCUAGUAGGCACUUAAUGUUUCCCUAAUCCAUGUACAUAAAAUAUGCCAUAUGUGUACCUGUAAAUGUUUACAUAAUGCUGAAAAAUAAAAUUAUAAAUAACUU